UUUCCAAAGCGAUAGAGGCAGAUUCUGGUGCCAUCGAUGAUGUGAACGGAUCUGAAGACGAUUUUUCCAUCAUGGCUCACGGACCCUUUCGGCAUAAAGAUAAUGGAGAUCUAUCACGAGUAUAGCGAGUGGCGUUUAGCAGAAGAUUACUGCGGACUCCACGCGUGUCUAGCAGCCUUGAACAAUCGAGAUGCAUAUCAGAAUGCCCCAAGGCUCUCGCAACAUGUUGCACGACUGAUCAAGAGCGUCAAACCUGACGAAAAACAGCCUUCUGAUACGCAAUAUGCGUUGAUGGCAGCCUUUUGGGCACUCAUAAGAUGGUCACUCGAUCCCUCCAAAGCUUCAUACGAUGCGAUACCGGCAUUUUAUCGGCCCAGUCCCUGGCAAUACUUUGUGAUGCAUGCGCACGUCGUUGAUUUCGCGCCUCCAGUGCACCAGCGAGAAUACCUCUGUAGGAAACCAAAUCCCGAUUUGUCUUGGCUCACGGAAGCUUGCAAGACUAUAGAGGUUGUGUGGGAUCGGAACAAGAAUACAUUUAGUCAUGACCCUCGGACUGGUCAGUACGAUUUGAGCGCCGAAUUCAAAGCUGAGAUUUCGAGGCUGGAGAGUUGGACGUGGGGACCUUCAGUCAGAGCUUAUCUUCCCAACGCAGAUCAUUACAUGCGCAUACGGCAUUGAGAGCGGCAAAAUGAAACUUUGUAUCAUGUCGUCUGAAGUGCGCCCAUCAACAUGAGAUUGCGAAUCGAGGCUUCGUCUGGUCCAAGAAUGGAAAUUUCCAAGGCGCGUCAAGUCCAGCAUCCUUGUUGAAUCACAGGUCUCAUCACU